AUGACUCUGUCUCGUCUUGAUCGUCUCCUGCUAGCCAGAAUUGCCGACCAAGCGGAGCGAUAUCACGAUGUCAUUGCGCAGAUCAAGGAUAUCGUCGGCGUAUCCGAUGCCCGACUGAACGUGGACGAACGCAACCUGCUUUCCGUAGCCUACAAGAACAUCACCGCCACACUGCGUGCCAGCUGGCGCACCAUUGAUACGAUCGAGACACAAACACGGCAUUCUGCUAAGGAGCGAAAGCUUAUGCAUCGGCAGAAAGAGCGUAUCGAGCGCGACAUUGCCGACAUUUGCAAGGACGUUGUGGAGCUGCUGGAGCGCUUCCUUAUACCCGCCGCGAAUCCGGGAGAGGAGAAGGUAUUCUAUUGCAAGAUGCGAGGCGAUUACUACCGAUAUCUCGCGGAGAUGACCCACGACCACCACCGCGAACAGUACGCGACGACGUCUCUCGACGCAUACAAGUUCGCAUACAAGCACGCACUGCACACCCUGGACCCCGCUCACCCUACGCGAUUGGGCCUGGCACUGAACUUCGCCGUCUACUACCACGACAUAUGCAAUAGUCCUGAGCGAGCCUGCUUCUUGGCCAAGCAUGCCUUCGACGAGGCCAUCGCAGUAGCAGCCCAUCCAUCGUUCCCGCGGUCCAACCUGGAGGAUGCUCUGAUGAUUUUGCAGCUGUUGAAGGACGAUCUCAUUCUCUGGUCGGGAGAGUUGCGAGGAGAGGAAGGUCCGAGGCAAUAA